CAAAACUGUAGACUAUUUUUUUAGACUAUUUUUUAAAAAUUCUCGCAUGUCUGUCCGUCCGUCUGUUUGUGUGUCUGUGAAUCAAUAUUUUCAAGACCCCAGACAUCUUCGGGAUCCAAAUCUUCAAUAAUUAUGUCGAACAUGCUUUCGAUAAGUUUCCUACUCAAAAUUAACAAAAUCGGUCUAUAAAUAACGGGGAUAUAAGCACAAAUCUGAGACAACCUCUUAAAAUUUCAUAUAGAAAGAGAACAACCUUCGCUGAUUUGGUUGGUUCUUUUUAUUAUCACUCCAGAUAUUCAUUAAAACCCUAGUUUUUAAAUUUUAUCAGAAAACCGUGUUGUUUUUAAUAAAAAACAUUUUUUUGACAUAAAACUUCAAAUUUCUAAGGAAAUCUAUCUCUAUUCUAUUAAAUUAUUAUUUUUUAUUAUAUUCUUACUUGUUACAAAUAAAAUUGCAUUCAUUAUUUUUUCUAUUGUUGCUAUUUUUAACCUUAAUACAAUAAUUAUACUUCACCUUAAACAAACUUAUUAUAAGAAAAUACUUGUUAUAAAACAACCACUUUACUCGUGUCACAACAACUAACAACAUCAAAACAUUUUUUUGAAAACAAAGUGCAACAUUAUUUAUACAUGCGCUCUCUCGGUCAAUCUAUUAUUAAGAAGUGUAACAAUAGUUGUUGAAACAACAGCAACAAUAUCUAUAAAGGGUUGUGUGAUAAAGACAAGCCACUGUUCGCUUACCUAGACUUUCUUAAUUAUAAUAAUGUGUGGCACUGCUACAAGAGAAAUGCAGCAAUAAAGACUUGUUCAACGCACAAACACACACGUAGACUUAAAUUAACAAACAAUAUGUUUCAAUCUUGGAAAAGUCUUGUCAUAUAGAAGCUUGAAAGGAGAACAAGAGAUACCACAACUACCCAACAGCAAGCAGACAAACAAAGACUGACAAAAACGACAAGAAGAAGAAGACAAAGAACACGAAGUAGAAUAUGAUGAUAAUGUCUAAGGCAAAAACAAAGCCAAGAAAACAUGUUAAGAGACAACAAUUGCCGCUUUUAUGUUGGUUGCUUUUAAUGGGCACAAACUUAUUAAGUUUGAGCAGUUUAACGCAGGCAAUCAACUCAACAGUUAAGAGCAAAAACAAUGAUGUCUUAUACACAAUGAAACCAAUAUUGAAAAUUGCAACAACUACUACCAGUAUUGCCGUCACUACAAUCAAUACCACAGAUGCAUUUGAUACGGAUAAACAUAGUACAACAGCCAGCAGACAAAAACUACUCAAUGUUGAUGUUGCACGAGAAAUAAAGGAAAUUGAAAAACAGCCAACUGCUAACAAAGACGGCCAACAACUCAGUACUGCAAACAACAAAAACUAUUCUAAUAUUAGUGCUUUUAAUGCUAAUACAAUGUUGGGGCAUGAGUUGAAUGAAAAGUUAAUCUUAUGGCCCAAUACCACCAUAGAAUGGUUAAAUUUAACGGAUGUCUUAAACAACAACAACGAGGAAUAUAUUCAAACAAAGGCAACACCCGAUCAUAGUGUAAGUGUCAGCGGAAGUGCAAGUGGAAGUUUAUUUUCUACUACUUUAUCGUUUAACCAUUCAGAUCGAAAUUUAUUCACAUUUCAUGAAGACUGUUUAGCCAACAGCAACACUUUGCCCCAUAUCUUCACCAUUGUUUUGUACUCGGUGGUUUGUGUUGUUGGCUUGUUCGGUAAUACUCUAGUCAUUUGGGUGGUAUUGAGAUUUUCGAAAAUGCAAACUGUUACCAAUAUUUACAUUUUAAAUUUGGCCAUAGCUGAUGAGUGUUUUCUUAUUGGCAUUCCUUUCCUACUUUAUACGAUGCGUAUUUGUAGUUGGAAAUUUGGUGAAUAUAUGUGUAAGGCCUACAUGGUUAGUACUUCGAUAACACAAUUUACUUCUUCCAUAUUUUUGUUAAUAAUGGCAGCUGAUCGUUAUAUAGCUGUUUGUCAUCCCAUCGAAUCUCCUAAGUAUAGAACAUUGCGUAUAGCCAAAUUGGUUUCUCUGCUGGCCUGGUUUACUUCUGCCAUUUUAAUGCUGCCCGUAAUACUGUUUGCCAGCACUGUGUUGCAGGAGGAUGGCAUAAAUUAUUCCUGCAAUAUAGAUUGGCCGGAAGUUUAUAAAAAACAUUCCGGCACCACUUUCAUACUCUAUACAUUCCUAUUGGGUUUCGCAACUCCCCUGUGCUUUAUUUUAGUCUUCUACUAUUUGGUCAUACGCAAAUUACAUUCGGUUCAGCAGAAACAUAAAUCCAAAGAAAAGAAACGUUCGCAUCGCAAGGUCACGCGUCUAGUGUUGACUGUCAUCACGGUGUAUAUUCUCUGCUGGUUGCCUCAUUGGAUUUCUCAGGUUUCUUUAAUAAGUGCCUUUGUGGGACAACGUGAGUUAUCCAGAUUUGAGAUACUACUAUUUUUAUUAUUCGGUUGCCUUGCCUACUCCAAUUCUGCCAUGAAUCCCAUACUUUAUGCAUUUCUCAGUGACAAUUUCCGUAAAUCAUUUACACGCGCCUUUACCUGUAUGAAACACCACGAAGUUGAGGCUCAGUUAAUCAAUGAACAUAGUGUCUUCACACACAAACGUACGGGCAGUGGCAGCAAAAGGAAAAACUCUAAACAUUUAACUGUGCCGGGGCGUACAGCCAUAGUGCAACAAAAUAAUUGUUCCUUUUUGGCACCUACUACUGUACACCAUAGCGGAGGUGGUUGUAGUGCUGUGGGUGGUGGUUCUUCAUCGGCCACUUCAACUUCCACCGCAACCACAGCCACCGAUAAAUCUUCAAAUAUCUCUAGAAAACCAAAUGAACAUUUAAAUGGUGAUGUUGUGCAGACGGUGGGCUGUACACCAAACAAUGAUGCCGGCGAAGGCAUACACAUGGUGGUGAGUCAUGACCAAAGGUCAAAGGGUUUUAAGACGGCGUUGUGUCCAUUGGAAAUGCAAAAUCAAACGGAUGUUUAAAGGGGUUUUAAAUUUAUUUAAAUUAAUUUAAGGUCAAAGUAUUUAAGAAUAUGCUAUAAACUAAACUAUAGACUAGACUCUAGACUAGAAAGUAAACUAGACUUUAGAAUAGAGCAUAGACUAUAUGCUAGACUAUAAAAUAAUCUGUA